ACUUAAGACUUCUGUUUCUUUAUUGAUAGCCACCAUUCUUGACUUUUGUUAUGUCUUGGCAAAUAGAGCUUUCAUCUUCUUACAAAACAAAGGCAAAAUUCUUACAUGUUUCAGAGAACUGGAGAGGACGGUACAGAGCAAGAAGAAGAAGUGACGAGGUUCGUCUUAAUUUCUUGGUUCUCGUCAUAGUAGUAAAUUAAGUUCUUUUUGAGGUUUGACUGCUGAUGCUCAAAGAGAACAAAUAAAUAAUUGCUCUGGGCGGGAGAAUGGAUGGUUUGAUAGGACCGCAGAGAAUACCCAUUGGCUCUGAUUUACUGGAAGCUGCAAUAUCAGGAGAUGUGAGAGCUUUGGCAUCUCUGCUUCCGGUACAUGAAGCAGCAGAAGCAGCAGCAGCAGCAGCAGAAGAAGCAGAUCGUGAUAGAACUGUAGUAGUUAUCCCACCAAUAGCUACUCAUGAAACCAAAAACGAAAUAAUUUUUGGGGUCACUGCCGGUGGAGACACAGCCCUCCACAUUGCUGCUGAACAUGGUCAGUUGGACUUCGCUACUGAAGUGUGCCAACGAGAGCCAUCACUCAUUGCUGCAGUUAAUAUUAAGCUGGAAACUCCGCUGCACUGCUGUGCCAGAGCUGGUCAUCAUCAGAUAGUCUCCCUCAUCAUCAAAACAGCUACAGGCCUGAAACUCAUGGCCGUGGAUGAUGAGUUGGCUACAUAUGUGAGUGAUGCCGGGAUUUCUCCUCUCUACUUAGCUGCAAUGAGAAGUUCACAACAAACAGUGACAACAUUGCUGCAACAUUCUCCAUCCUUUGCCGGCCCUGGUGGCCAGACGGCUUUGCACGCUGCCCUGCUGAUGGUGAUGACAAAGAUGGUACAUAUUCUUCUGAAGCAUGAUGUGUCCAUGGCCUAUGUUUCUGAUAAAGAUGGCUACUUCCCCAUCCAUGUUGCUGCAGGAAUGGGACAUGUUAAAAUCAUUGAUGAGCUGCUUAAACACUGUCCAGAUUCUUUUGAUCUGCUUGAUGACUAUAAAGGGAGGAAUUUCCUUCAUAUUGCUGCUGAGAGAAAGAGGGUAAAGGUUGUCAGAUAUGUCUGUAAUAGUAAAAACAAAAAGUUUGAGAAGCUGCUGAAUCAAAGGGACAAUAUUGAUGGCAAUACUCCCCUGCAUCUCGUAGUCAGUAAUUACAAGCAUUUCAACAACUAUAAAGCUGCUGCUUCCCUACUGAAAGAUCCAAGAGUUGAAACUUCCAUAAUGAACAAUCAAGGCCGCACUCAACUUGAUCUCUCCAGGAAAUUAAAACCUGGCAUGAGCUUUCGUCUUAAUAUACAAACUGUUGUCAUGCAAUGCUUGGCAAACUGUGGGGCAGUACUGAGCCCGCAGAGAACAGAUCAUGUGAGACAUGAGAUGGAGAAUGCCAUUGAUGUGAACGAAGAAUCAAAGAAGCGCACAACAUUGUCCAGAAAUUUAGCAGUAGCUUCCGUGUUAGCAGUCUCAGUGACAUUUGCUGCUGGUUUCACAGUGCCCAGAUCAGGCAACAACACUGGCGAUGGCACAACUUUGUUAUUAAAGAAAUUUCCUUUUAAAGCAUUUCUAAUCUCUAACGCCUGUGCUAUGGUUUGCUCCUUCGCUUCCACUUGCGUGACUAUCUAUGCUGGGACGCCAAUGGUAGAUAAUACACUGAGGUAUUACCAUCUUAACCGGUCCACGAAGUUACUAUGGACUUCUUUUGCAUGCAUGGCAAUGGCGUUUGCCAUGGCAACGUACGCGUUUGUUGUUCCCAAAGCCUGGAGGAUUGGCGUUCUAGUGUGCGUGAUCAGCUUGGCUGCUCCUGUGGUUUCAGAGAUCACAAUGAUGCACCAGCUUAUCUACAUGCGUCUCAUAAUAGCAGUCAGAAAUAAGGGAAUUAGACUCAACCUUGAUCCACAUACUGCAAGGAAGUUCCUUAGAAAUGUCUUUAUCUUCAAUGAUUGCUCGGAUUAGCCAGCCAGUGUCAAUUUAUCUAGUCAUCUGUCUACUAGCACUUUUAUAGAUCAAGCAUUUAGAAGAAGACCUUCACAUGCUGGUAUUUAUUUAAUUUUUUACUA